GCAACACCGACGGCCCGCCACGUUUCGCCAUCGGUAGUUUUGCCAUUUGCCCACUUGUCAGUAAUUUUUUAUUUCUUACUCAUUUAACGCUCUAUCAGUGUAUUAACUAACAAAAAUGAGUGCUCCAGCACCCGCUCCUGCGUAUAAAAUUGGAAUAGUGAAGCAGGUUCUGUCAGGAGACACGAUCGUAAUACGGAGACAGCCGCAAGGCGGGCCGCCGCCUGAGAAAGUGAUAGCUCUCUCUGGGAUCACGGCGCCGAAGCUCGCGCGUCAGCGAACUGCCAACAAUGACGCGGAAACAAAAGACGAGCCUUAUGCGUGGGAAGCUCGAGAAUAUUUGAGAAAGAAACUGGUUGGAAAAGAAGUGAUAUUUACUGCUGAAAAACCACCCAACUCGGCAACCAGAGAGUAUGGUCAAGUGUGGACAGGAAAAGACCCUACUAAAGAUGAGAAUGUCACUGAAGCCUUGCUAGCCGAAGGUCUUGCUAAGGUCAGAGAAAGUGGAAGGAACAUACCUCAGCUAAAAAAACUAGUGGAAAUUGAAGAGGUUGCCAAAUCUCAGGGUAAAGGUAUUUGGGGCAGUGAUCUUCAGGAUCAUGUACGGGAGCUUAAGUGGAGCAUUGACAACCCAAAAGCUUUUGUGAACAAGUGCAAUGGUCAGCCCAUCAAGGCUAUCAUUGAGUAUGUUCGGGAUGGAUCUACUGUAAGGCUUUGUCUGCUACCUGAGUAUUACCAAAUCACUCUGAUGUUGUCUGGUAUCAGGUGUCCAGCAGUGAAACAAGAUGGCGAUUCAGAACCCUAUGCAGAAGAAGCUCGUUUUUUCCUCGAAUCAAAGUUGCUGCAGAAGGACGUUGAAGUAAUUUUGGAAUCUGUAAACAACAACAACUUUGUAGGCACUAUCCUACACCCACAAGGCAACAUCGCUGAAGCUCUUCUAAGACAAGGUUUCGCUAAAUGUGUCGAUUGGUCCCUCGCUGUCAUGAAGUCCGGUGCUUCUACCCUAAGAGCUGCAGAGCGCGCGGCAAAGGACGCGAGACUUCGUAUAUGGACCAACUACACGAGCAACGCCCCUGUUAUCGCUGCCAAGGACAAAGAGUUCCACGCCACUGUAUUGGAAGUGGUCAACGGCGACGCACUCGUCGUAAAAGUACCAAAUGGUGGACAAAAGAAGAUCUUCCUAGCCAGCAUCAGACCGCCCCGUGAAAAGAACAAUGCAGACAAUGCAGAAGAUGGAAAGCAACAAUCACCAAGGCCGAAAGGAUUCAAACCUCUUUACGAUAUUCCGUGGAUGUUCGAGGCUCGUGAAUUCCUAAGGAAAAAAGUAGUCGGCAAAAAAGUUAAUGUGGUUGUUGACUAUAUCCAGCCUGCUAAGGACAACUUCCCUGAAAAGACUUGCUGUACUGUAUUGGCUGGUGGAAUAAACUUAGCUGAAGCGUUAGUAGCCAAGGGUUAUGCCACUGUGGUUAGAUACAGGAAUGACAAUGAUCAAAGGAGCUCUCACUACGACAAAUUGCUGGAGGCUGAAAUGAAAGCACAAAAGGCAGGCAUUGGUGUGCACGCCAAGAAAGACAUUCCUACACACCGUAUUCAGGACACCAGUGGCGACUCAGCAAAGGCCAAGAAAUUCUUCCCGUUCCUUAAGAGGGCUCAAAAGACAGAGGCUACUGUGGAAUUUGUUGCGAGCGGUUCGCGUAUGAGACUCUACAUUCCCAAAGAAUCCGUCCUCGUCACUUUCCUUCUUGCCGGUGUCAAUUGUCCAAGAGGCGCCCGUCCAGCAAUUGGCGGUGGACCAAUGCAAGAUGCCGAGCCAUUCGGUGAAGAAGCAUUGCAGUUCACAAAAGAAAAAUGUUUGCAACAUGACGUAAUAGUUACGAUAGAAGAAAUGGAUAAAGCCGGUAAUUUCAUUGGUUGGCUUUGGGUAGACAACGAAAAUUUAUCUGUCUCACUAGUUGAACACGGGCUCGCUUCAAUGCACCACACUGCCGAAACAUCGGAGUUCGCGCGGGCUAUUAAGACCGCUGAAGAAAACGCUAUCAAAAAACGCAUCGGCAUUUGGAAAGACUAUGUCGAAGUGGAAAAGGAAACUGAAAGAGAAAGAAACGCGCCUGUACAAGAUCGUGUCGUCAAAUAUGAAAAAGUUAUAAUUACUGAAGUUACACCUGAAGGCAAUUUUUAUGCUCAAAAUGUCGAUUUGGGCAAUAAGCUUGAAAAUUUAAUGGAAAAAAUACACCAAGAGUUCAAAGCUAAUGCUCCAUUGCCUGGAUCUUAUGUACCAAGAAGAGGACAGCUUUGCGCAGCUCGUUUUACCUUAGACGAUCAGUGGUAUAGAGCUAAAGUUGAAAAAGUAACUGAUGACAAAUCUGCUCAUAUUUUCUACAUUGAUUAUGGAAAUCGUGAGGUUGUGAACAGCACCAGAUUGGCAACUUUGCCCGCUGGAACAGAAAGUGAACCACCAUAUGCAAGUGAAUAUGUGCUUGCUUGUGUCAAGUAUCCAACGGACCCAGAUGAUCGAAUGGAAGCCGUACGUGCCUUCUCCAUGGAUACGUUAAACAAGAAACUCCUUUUGAACAUAGAGACCAGAGGCUCACCUCCUGGCGUAACUCUUAUGGAUCCUACCACGAAUGUCGACUUGGGAAAGAAUUUGAUCAAAGAGGGUCUCGUUCUCAUGGAAAACACUCGCGACCACCGCCUGGCAUCGCUGGUGAGCGAGUAUCGCGCGGCGCAGGAUCACGCCAAGAAUUCGCGGCUGAACCUGUGGCAGCACGGCGACAUCACCGAGGAUGACGCCGUGGAGUUUGGCGCGCGUCGCUAGCGGGAGCUUUUCCGGUACGAUGCUACCGCCUCGCCCUCGCACACGCUCCAUUGUGCCACCUGUACGGCACUCCAUGUUGAAACAGUCAUUUAUACGCUCAUUAAUGAGUUUUUGUGAAGGCAAAAAAGAAAUAAUACAGACAUUUAAAACAUAGUGAUUUAGUGACUUAAGCAAGGACUACGGAAUUAAUAUUUUCUUAUGUGAGAAGUGAUUUAUAUUACUUUAUAUUAAUACAUAAACUGUAAAGAUUUGUAAUAUGUAGUAAUAAUAAUUAUAAUAACAAAAUGUACAGGAUUCAAGAUUCAUUAUUGCCUUCCCAAAAACCCCUAAACCUGUUAGAAUUCUCAUUUGAAAUCAUUGUUUGAUUAUUUUUAUUUGUUAUGAAUGAUUAAUAAUGUAUGAUUAGUAUAUAGCUUACACGAAGAAAAAUCAAUAAUUAAUUAAGUGCUAUAAUGAACUGGUAUCGGCCGUGAGUCGUGAGCAAUUCGGUGAGAGGACGCAUCGCAUCGCAUCUUCAUCUAUGUACUCGUCCCGCACCACCUGGUUUUGCGGCACCAAAGGCCCGUUCGCCUUUUUGCAAACUCACUCCUUCCGCUACUUAUUGUAUCUUCGCAGACAUAAUAUUAAUCAGGUUUAAAUAUUAAAAAUCUUAUUUAUCAAACAUAUUUCUAAAAUAUUUUUGUGAUUACAGGCAUGAAUAAUAAUAUAUAAGGUAGGUACUUAUAAUGAAAUUUAAAACAAGUUGUUGAUCAUAAUAUUUUCUACAGUGUUUGUACAUCGCAAAUGCAACUUUUAUACGUCGUUGUGACUUUAUUUAUUUAGAAUGCAUUAUGUAUGAUUUAGUAUUCGUCGAUCUUAGUCUUUGUGGUCGUGCUUAUUAUAUUGUAUAUUUUGUAUUUUGCUGAGACUUGAAAAGAUUAAUUUAAUGUUAGAUAACUGUUGGAUUACGUAUGAUUAUUAGAUACAAAAUCUAUUUACAUGAUGUUUUAUGAUAUAAACUUGCAUAGAACUAAGACAAGUCAGCGUACGUAUUGUAUGUCGUUUUCGAUGCACUUUUAGC